AUGACUGUUUUUGAUAUCGACGAGCAAGAAAAUCUUGCCCGUAUGCGGCGAGGCGAUCUGUAUUAUGCCUUUACCCCACAGCUCGUGGCUGCUCGGAAGCGGUGCAAACAGGCCCUGGCUCGACUUAACACUGCGGGGGAGUUGACUCGCCGAGACAUUGCGGAACAUUGGAAAGAUAUCACAGAUGAUGAUCGCCCCUUGCCCCCCCCUGCGGCAACAGAGGAUGAAGAAGAUGCUGUCCUACACGAGUACCCCUGGGUAGAGCGGCCCAUCAACAUGGACUAUGGGACAAACGUCAAAGUUGGGAGCGGUGUAUUUAUCAACUUUAACUGCACCAUGAUUGAUACAUGCACUAUAUCCAUCGGAGCCCGAACCCUUGUUGGCCCCAACGUGUCCUUCUUCAGUGGCACUCACCCCCUUGACCCGGAUCUACGCAAUGGAACAAACGGACCUGAGCUGGGCCGCCCUGUGAUCAUUGGCGAGGAUUGCUGGAUAGGAGGAAGUGCCAUGAUUUUACCUGGUGACGUUCCAGCGUAUCAUGUUGUGGCUGGAAACCCUGCAAAAAUUAUCCGCAAGAUAGAACGCAAGCACAAGGCCGAACAAGAAGCCAAAGAAAAGGCUCAGGGGGCGUAG